CGCAUAUAUUCACCAGCACGCUGUGCAGCCAUCAGUCAAUUUCAAAGCGGCAUACGUCGCGCACGACUGUAUACGACGCUAGUACGCAUCGCGGUAUAUACGCACGCUCCGCGCGCGACUUCGUGGGAAUUCAUUAAGGUCACGUUGAAAUAAUUCAAAAUGAGUGAUUCGGCUAAGAUAGAAGAUAACCCAAAAAUACUUUCGGGGCCAGUCCUGACGAACUCACCAAACGCAGUAUUAUCCAAGACUCUACUGGGCCGGUACAAUGACCUUCCGCUGCCUGUCGACAGGAUCCUGGCCACGUAUGUGUGGAUCGAUGGCACUGGCGAACACCUGCGCUGCAAGGAUCGAACUUUGACAUUCAUUCCGAAACAACCAAAGGAUUUGCCGGUUUGGAACUUCGACGGCAGUUCGACUGGACAGGCGGAUGGCCAUAACUCGGACACUUUCUUAGUGCCCCGCGCUUUGUACAAGGAUCCAUUCCGUCGUGGCAACCAUCUCAUCGUCAUGUGUGACACGUUCAAAUACAACAUGGAACCCACAGAAAGCAAUCAUCGCAUCAAGUGUCAAGAAGCAUACGACAAAUGCAAAGACGAAGAGCCCUGGUUCGGAAUUGAGCAAGAGUACAUUCUCUUGGACUCGGACCUCAGGCCCUUCGGCUGGCCCCCGGGCGGUUUCCCCCCACCGCAGGGCCCCUACUACUGCGGCGUUGGGGCCAACAAAGUAUUCGCCAGGGAUCUCGUUGAAGCACAUUACAGGUGCUGCCUCUACGCCGGCAUUCCGAUCGCUGGGACCAACGCAGAAGUGAUGCCGUCUCAAUGGGAGUUCCAAGUGGGUCCUGCGGUAGGAGUGAGCGCCGGGGAUGAUCUCUGGAUGGCUCGAUAUAUCCUGCACAGAUUAGCCGAGGAGUACGGGGUUAUCGUCACCUUCGACCCGAAACCCGUGCAGGACUGGAAUGGAUCUGGUGCCCAUACUAACUUCUCGACGAAGAAGAUGAGGGAAGAAAACGGUAUUAUUGAGAUCGAGAAGGCGAUCGAUAAGCUGUCGAAGGUGCACAUGAAGCACAUCAAGGUGUACGACCCGCGCGGGGGCAAGGACAACGAGCGCCGGCUCACCGGCCUGCACGAGACUGCCAGUAUUAACGACUUCAGUGCGGGUGUGGCAAGUCGUGCAAGCAGCAUCAGGAUACCUCGCUUGGUAGCCGAAGAGAAGAAGGGCUACCUCGAGGACCGCCGGCCCGCUUCCAACUGCGAUCCCUACGCUGUGAUCAACGCCCUCAUGCGGACUUGCAUCCUCAACGAAUAACAUCAGAGAGGAGACCGCGCCGCUUCCGAUCGUGUCAGCUAGCAGCGAACAAAAAGACGAUAAUGCAACUAUACCCAACGCACCUUUCGAGUUGGCACUUUUCGGGGUUUUUUCCAUAUUUCUGGUUAAGUAUACAUUUUUUUUAAAGGGGGGAAAUAGAUAGAUAGAUAGAAGUCUUUAUUGCACACAAAAACAUGUAAUGGAACACAACACGGAAGGAAGGAAACAGGAAAAACAAUUGUGUGCAAAGGCGGCCUUAUUGCUUAGAGCAAUCUUUACCAGGCAACCUUUGCUGAAAGGAGAAGCUAGUGUUGUAGUUGUUAAUUCUUUGCGACUUGGGGAGAUAUGUUAUGUGGGUAUGAUUAGGCUACAAAUAUACAGAACGCGCGGAGGAAAGGUGUGCAAUGCGACUCAUAGAAAUUGUAAUACAAGGAACUCUAAAAGCGAAGUUCGCAGCUGCGUGCAUUCGGCAUUCCUAGUAAAACAAGUCAUCGAGCGGGUUCUGUAUAAAAUUCGAGUGGUACAAUGUGUGUGUUUCAGGCUUAUGUAGAGUUUCGUAAAUGAAAAAGAAUGAUUGUAGGAACAUAUUGUGAGUCAUUCGAAUAUAGUUGUCCAAUGUGUUACAAAUCUAUAUAGACGAUUAAGACGUGUGUGUUGGUUAUAGGAAGAAUGAAUGGAUUUAAUAAAAAUAAUUUUGGAGAUUUUAUUAGUUGGCAACAAUGUUUGAAUCGAUAAAAUGUCUGUAGCACGUUUUACAAUUUUAUACACGAAUACUAAUGUAGGGUAGCGUAAGAUUUAUGUAAACUAUUUUCAUUAUGUGGGUUCUUAAAUCUUAUGUGAGUUAGGGCGCGCCCCGGCGCAUGAAUUUCGGUACGUUUCUUUAUAAAAUCCAGUUUUGAUCAUUUAAAAAAAUUUAACGAGCAAAAUGCUCUUUGUUCAAUUGCCUGUCUAUUCAGUUGCCAAUAAAGUAAUGUGUAUGUAUUUUACGAAGUAAUGCUUGGAAUCGAAUAUAAAUAUAAAGACAACCUAAUGUGAAUACAACAUAAGCAAGAAAAAUGUAUUUUUUUAUUUUAUAAGAAAAAAUAUUCUUUUAUAUUUCUAAAAAUACGGCCAUAGCAGCGUUUUGCUCGGGGACUCGCUUUAAAUGCUAAUCGUAAUUGCUGUUGUUAUUUUUAGCCAAUAGCUUAAAUAAUAUCAAGUAAAAAUCGAAUACAGGUGCUCGAUUUUUGCUCCUUAUUUGAUGUUUUUGUAAUGUAACGCAUAUAUGAAAUAAAUAAAAAAUGCUGGUAUUUUAUCACUACAGUAUAAAACAAGCUUUAAAUGUUUUAUAGCUUGAAACUGUAGGAGGAAUUGAAUUAAUAGGUAACAGUAAAAUUUUUGAUAGUAUAUCGCUAGCACUUCAAGAUCAAGGCACGAUAUGAAGUAGUGCGUUAAAAUGGACCACAAGAUAUUAUAUAAAGAUUUAGAGAAUAUUUUUACGACUAUUAUGUGAUAUUUAAACAUUAAUUGUUAUUUUCAUGUUGAAUAGUUUAUCGUAUACAAAUAAUCACAUAUCAUUAUUUCUAACAAGUUCAUUUUAUUACAUAGUUGAAUAUAUUAAUACCUAAUUGCAUUGAAUUAUUAAUGAAUAAAUCAUUAUAUAAUACAUAACAUACCUAGAUAUAAUUUAUUGUUUAAUCCAAUAUAAUAUGGAUAAGAUAGGACAUAAAGUUCCAUGCCUAAAAGAUGGGUUAAAAUAUGUUUUGCCUAAACAAAUAGGUGUAACAAAUAAGUGAACCUAAAACUCUUGAGUGCCCUAAUAAAACUAUAAACACCAAUGUAGGUAGGCCCUACAUAUUAAGCACAAAAAUGUAGUUUCAUUGUAAAUUCUGUUAUAAAUUCAUUUACAAAAUGUAUGCAUGCAGAAUAUGCCUGAAAUGUAACAAACUUUAUUUAAAUUGUAAAUGAACAUGUUAUGGAGCGUUAUAAAAUAAAUGAUACGAUUUGUUGUAACA